CCUUAAGAGUCUGACGGUAUGUUUUUUAACCGAGCCAGAAAUACUGUUACUCCGGCCGGAUCGAAGCCGAAGUGCACACGAAUACGGCAUGGAAGAAGCCACGGCGGGGAGUAGUUCUGAGGUCGGAGCUGCCGAGAGCCGCGGCUUCUUCGUGGGGGACUCUGGUCCUUCUGCUGAGGAGCAGGACGCCCCGAAGCCUGGGAGAUGGACGCUCCGAGAGGACUGGCUGGCCGCUCAUCCUACGCUCACAAGGAUGAUGUCAUUGGACGUCGCUGACAGUGGCCGUGUGUAUGCCGCUUUCUUGGUAUACUUGGACCUCUUAGAAGCUAGAAAUUGGCAUGAGGUCUCCUACAUUGGACUAGCAGAAUUCCAGUUUGUAUGUCUUCACGGGCGCGAGAGAGAAACGGAUGAUUUACAAGUGGUGGUGCCAACGCCGGUCCAUGUGUCAUUCAGCCAUGAAAGGCUGAGGCAGAUCAUGAAGAGAACAUGCACAGUGCUCAAUUCCCCACUGUCUAUAACGCUGGCUAUAGUUGAAUCAGACUCAACAAUAGUCUACUAUAAGCUGACGGACGGUUUUGUCAUGCCCGACCCUCCUGACGGUACUGAAGACGUGGACAAUAAACAGUGGAGGAAAAAAAGAAAGAGGCUUUUGAGAUGAGAGAGCCCCAGCGAGUCUGAAAAUGUAUUAUAUACGUGAAUGGGAAAAAAGGUGCAUUGGGUUUCAACAUCUGCUUUGCAAAUCCUUGCUAAGUCUUGCGAACUGGCAAGACAUCGGAAAUGCAUAUUUUGCAAUAAAAAAACCGGGGCAUCAAAGAGGUCACGGACCAGUUCAAGAA